UCCCAGGCGAUCGGGCAUCAGUUUGCAAUUGAGGAGACAGCCAAACACAAGCCUUAGCACGCGAUGCAGUGGCUUAACUUGUUCUUGAUCUUCGGAAUCCUGGCCAUGAUCGGCAGCCUGGGUACCCUGACCACCGCCGAGCCAUCGCCGGAGCCAAAGGGUCGUCCCUACACCACCCGACGUCCCAGGAACGACAAUGACGACGAUCGGCGCUAGCAACUAGAUGCCGCAGAAAGGAAACAGGAUAAUCCCUCCAAGGAUACACCCCGAAGAUGCACUGAUCCACAGCAGAUUCAAAAGGCACAUCAACUUUCGUUAAACUUCAAAUGUUUCGGAGCUGAGAAAACGCAAUAUGUUGAAAUUCUACUCAUCUAGUGGGAUUUCCAGAUAUAGUAUUACCAGUCACCUACCCCAUACCCAUUCAAUAAAUAUCCUUUAAUUUACAACAGA